UCCAGACCAACACCACCGGUAAGGACAAUAUUUGGGUCGAGUUAGUUUUGUUGUGCGGGUGCGAAAUUUUAGUGAGUCGAGUGGAGAAAAGGAACUUUUGGAGGCACGGCGAUAUGGCGGCUUUUCUGAUACUUCUGGUAAGCCUCUUCCUCAGAACGGAAGCUGGUCAACAUCACUUCGUCCCACCACAGCUGCAGUUCACGGGUCAAGUUCCACAGAGGUUGUACUCAACAGCCCACGCCCAAGCACACGCUGAGGCUCACGCACAAAGUCAAAGUCACGCCCAAUCUCACCAGCAAAACCUCCUGAUACCCACGUUUCAGCUAGAACAACAUCUGGUGCCUCAGAAAAUUACCCCGGAUGAGUUGGUGGAAGAAGAAUGGAAAGAAUUCAAGUUGGCAUUUCGUAAAGUCUACGCAACAGAAGAAGUAGAGAAGCUGCGGAAGGAGAUAUUCAUCGAAAACAGAGCGAAAAUCGCUCGAUUUAACCAAGACUUCAGCCAAGGCCAUAAGAACUUCGUGCAGAGAAUCAACGCUUUCGGUGACAUGCUGUCUCACGAGUUCAAUGCCAAUGUAAACGGUUUUAACAGGUCGACGGUUUCACAGCAAACCGCCGCCGUAGACACCUCCUCUACUUUUAUUCCCAGCGCAAAUGUACCGUUCCCUGAAAGCAUCGACUGGAGGCAGCUUGGAGCUGUCUCAUCGGUCAAAAAUCAACAGAUGUGUGCCGGAUGUUGGGCCUAUGCAGCGGCAGGUGCAUUAGAAGGGCAGCAGUUUAGGAAGACCGGCAAACUGACAGAAAUCAGCGUUCAAAAUUUACUAGACUGUACAAGGCCUUACGGAAACGAAGGUUGCGAAGGGGGUUUAAUGGAUCCAGCGUUCCAGUACAUUAAAGAUAACAAAGGAGUUGACGGUGAAGAGUCUUAUCCAUUGGAGGGAACUGAGAACAAGUGCAGGUUCAGGAGAGAUGCCGCUGUAGCCACAACGACUGGUUUCGUGGACAUCGCCCAGGGUGACGAAAAGGGCCUGGAGAUCGCUGUGGCGACUCUGGGCCCCGUGACGGCGGCCAUCGACGCUAGCCGCGACACCCUCCAGUUCUACUCGGACGGGGUCUAUUACGAUCCGGAGUGCGGAAGCAAACCAGAGGAAAUGAACCACGCCGUCUUGAUAGUCGGGUACGGCGUCGAACCGAACGGUCAGAAGUACUGGUUGGUGAAGAACUCCUACGGUUCCGAGUGGGGCAUCGGGGGUUACAUCAAGAUGAUCAAGGACGUCGGCAACCACUGCGGGAUAGCUACGCAAGCGAGUUUUCCACUAGUUUAGUUGUUUUUUGGUGUAUAAGGAAGUGAAUGGCAUCUUUAAGAUUCAUUAAUAAAAUUUCGCUCCUCUUUCGAAUUGUGUAAGAAUGAAUUUUGGUGUUGCUCUGAAGACAAAAUUCUGCAGGUCUCCACUCUGAUAAAAAAUAAGAAAACAGUUCAUGAGAUGUAAAAUCAAAGAAGCAUCAUUUGGGAGAUACAGGAUGAUAAAGAUUUAUUGUUUUUUUUAUUAUUUUCAUUUGUUGUACAUGAUUUUUGGAAAUUAUUCAUUCAAAUGCGAUACAUUCGACAGUUUUUUGAAGAUCGAAGCAAUAUGCGAAGAUGCAGGAUGUUAAAUGUUACAAAAAAAAAUAUUACGCAGAACUGACUUAAAAUUAAUUCACAGGCCGACAAAAUUUUGGACCAGAAAUCAGAUUAUACCUAUUUUGAAAGUUUUGGACGAGUUGAAUAUGAAUCCAAUCUCAGAAUUGCUACAUAACGUCAAAUUUUCGAGAUAUCCUAACCUAAAAGUUCAAAAACGCGAUUUUUCGCUGUAUUUGAGGUUAUGUUACAUCACGAGGUAAUUUACCCCACAAAACUCGUUACUAUACUCCUUAUAUCUACGAAUGAACUUCCUCACUGUUAUCAAUUUUUCUAUUAGACAACGAAUAAAGAGAAUAAAUAAUAAAAACAAAAAAAUUUAUUUUUUUUCUUAUUUUUUUGUCAAACACCUGUAGAAUUUUGUAGCUGGACUUUUGCAACAUCCUGUACAUCACAGCAUGAAAAUAUUUAUUUUAACUGAUUCCAUCAUCAUUUUCAUUAUUUCUCACCUAAUAUUCAAAAUAUUUUUAAUAUCUCUAAUGAAACUUGUAUAUAUUACAGGGUGAUUCACAAAUAGUGACCAAGAAUGAAACCUUGUUUUCUUUGGUAAUUUUAAGGGGAGUCUUUCCUAUAAGGUUUUUGUCUAGGACACUUCGUUAAAAAGAUACAGGGUAUA